CACGAACUAAGCCAAGUUCUACGGGCGGACGUCGAGUGUUUAUGUUGUGGUCAAAAGAUAAUACCAGGAUAUACUAAAUUCAAGUCUUUCAAAGCGAAGUAUUAGCGAGCUGUUUGUCCCCUGUUGUUCUUUAUCCUGUACAACAAGAACACAGAAUAUCUAUCUUCAAAAUGUGUAGUUGAUAAUUUUCGCUGUGUACUCAAAGUUACCAGAGCAAACGGAGUAAAGUGUAGUAACAACACUUUACAACACUUAUUGGCUUCACUUGCACAACUACUUUAUGGAACCAUUUAUUUAAAAUGUAAAAGGCAAAGAGAGAGCAAACUCGGCAAAUAUAGCGAAAUUUCAUUUGCAAUUUAAUGUUUAUUUUUUUGUUAGAAAAUGGCGACGUUGACCCGUGUCCUUGUAGAAAACUACAAAGUUUUCUGCACCAAGCAAGAAGUCGACUUUCGCCAAGAACUAGCUUCUUCGACUAGCAAUAAAUAUUUCACGCUUGUUGGUGAAAAUGGUAGCGGGAAAAGUACAUUUCUUGCUUUGAUCGGACUUGCAAGUAAUUUUGGAGGAAAAGUGACCAGUCAUGCUUGCGACAAAACCAAAGCUUCAAUGGUUGCCUGUGAGUAUAAAGUAGAAAACUGGGCUGAAAUCAUGUCAACUUCUAAAGUCCCUGGUCAAAGUUAUCCUGCUUUGCAAAUAUGGUUUAUGGGUGGAUUGCUUAAAAUCCCACCAGACUUGCAUGGGUUUCUUACAGAAAGGUAUGUGGGCUUGAAUGUAAAGGACGUCUUGCUUGUUAUUGGUUUUAGAAGAUCGGCUUAUUCAGCAAGUAAUUUUGAAGAAAAUGUACAUAGAUUUUUGUACAUACAGUUCAAGAACCAUGUUUUAGCACUGAUACAUGGACUUGAUUCAGAAGCAAAAAUUUUAGUCAAUGAACCUUCAGAUGUUGUCAAUUUACUGCACUGGCGUCCGGAUGAGUCCAAACUUAUUUCAACUGGUUGUCACUUUCUUCCUGAUUUGAAAGAAUCCAAUAAUAAUCCAAUUGAGUACCUGAAUUUGAAACAUCCACAAACUUCUUUAAUUCUAUCAUUACGAAAUGCACUUCCACUUGAGGCAAGGAGUACAAUCUGGGCCAACAUCAUCGAGUUGUUUCAUGAACUGACUGGUGACACAAAAAUUACUGUUGUCCAUGAUGCUCAAAGCAAUUUGAUUCAUGUAAGGCAGCAAUAUGGUGACUGUCACAUAAUUCGAGAUGAUUUACCUGAAGGCUUUUUUCAUGCUUUCCUCAUUGCUUUCUUGAUUUUAAAUCCUGCAAAUAGCACUGUACUUUUGGAUGAACCAACCCGUGGUAUGCACCCUUUGCAGAUUCGAAGGCUGCGAAGAAUCCUAUCCCAGAAAUCUUUGCAUGAAAAUAAGGUGAUAAUUGUGGCCUCGCAUGCACCAGAUAUGGUUCACACAUCCGAGAUUGAUCACAUUUUUAGAUUUCAACAGUUAAGAUCAGGGUUUGUUGAAAUACGACAGACUUCUAGGUACCAUGACAAUAGAGACUUACGUUUUGUCAGCUCAGUUGAAAGCCGAGAGCUUUUUUUCACUCGCUCUGUCAUCUGGGUUGAAGGUGAUACGGAUCAGCGUUUCUGUGAGACCAUGUUGAAAUUUAUUGAUGAGGGUAAUCCAGUACUCUGGAGUACAUUGCUAGAUCCUAAUGAUUGUUUUUAUGAAUGCAGGAUAAUUAAUAAUACUAACUCAGCUGGUCUACCUAUGGAUGAUGAGAUUGAAGACAGUACAGAUGAGAUUGACUAUGGUGCUAUGGGAAUCGAUCCUUUAGAAAAUUUGUUUCAAUCAAGAGCAUAUGGAAGGAAAUAUUACACAAAAGAAGAACUUAUGCAGUGCCAGGAGCUUGCGCGAAGUUGCAGUAUUCUGCCUUUGUCUGGUAAAAAGAAUAUGGACAAAGCAACGAAGAUUUGCAAAGACCUUCGCAUUCCAUUCGCUGUCAUUUGUGAUUUGGACGCGGUUCUUCCAAACUCAAGGAAAAACAGUAUUAUGUCACAAUUCCUGGGAAGUGUAGGAAAUUGGAGUUUGGCUCCAGCCGACAAGAAACUUUUGUUUGACGGUGAACAGAGCCCGGCUUUCACCUGUCUUGAAGACACGAGUGCGCAAGAAGAGCUUCGAAAAUGCCGCAAUGCUCUGGACGUGAUGGAGUUUUAUGAAAAAAACGAGCGAAUUUUUGCGUGGAGGGUUGGGAACGGUGAAAUCGAAGAUGUCGUCAAAGUAACGAAACCAAAGUUUUCAAAAAAGAGAUGGGCCGAUUUUACGGCUGAAAAUUUUCAAGACCUUAUGCAAAUGAUGUUGAGCCCCGCGUCAUCUGGUUAUCAAGGUAGUAUGUUGUAUACAACACAAUGUAAUCUCGAGUUACUUCGUUGUUUUAGAUUCAUUAUUGAAUUCUUGAACGAAAAACAUUAGUUUAAAAUCUUACUGACCAAGAGCGCAAAAGUAAUUGUGUUUUUUUUGAAACAAUUUAUACACAUGGGUGUAUCAGAGAAAUUAACACUUGAAUAUUCUUAACUACCCGCUUUGUUUUGCAUCACGAAAGAAUGUUUGGUCUUUGGAUUUGGAGAAACUUGCAAUCUUGACUUCAGGGUCUAUCGAAAAAGGAAACCUUUUGAAAAGAAAAAAUUGACCUGUUGUUGAAAUUUCACUGCGUUCUUACUAUGAAAAUCCCAUUAGUACAUUUAUGCAUGUUUUGCUGUUAAAAGUUGUGUCAAAUUCCCAGAAUAAAAAGUUCAGUACUAGUGACAAA